UUGGAAAACAAUUUGAAGUGAAGGCAAAAAUUUUGGAUUCCACAGGAUUGGAUUUCCAAAGGGCAAGAUUUUGCAGAUCUUUCAAAAGAAUUUCAAGUCCAUUAUGAGGAGAUACAGUCCACCAUACUACAGUGCUCCAAGGAGAGGAUAUGGGGGACGAGAAAGAAGCCCUCCCAGAAGGGGAUAUGGUGGGUAUGGGAGACGCAAGGAACAGAAUCAUGGAAGCCUUUUGGUCCGGAAUAUUCCUCUGAAUUGCAGACCAGAGGAUCUUCGUGUUCCAUUUGAAAGAUUUGGACUAGUGAGGGAUGUAUAUCUUCCAAAGGAUUAUUACACAGGGGAGCCUCGAGGCUUUGCCUUUGUGCAAUUUGUGGACCCUUAUGAAGCUUCUGAGGCUCAGUAUCAUAUGAAUGGACAGAUUUUUGCUGGAAGGGAGAUAAGUGUUGUUGUUGCCGCGGAGACAAGGAAACGGCCUGAGGAGAUGCGUACCCGGGCCAGGGUCAGAGGACCAUCAAGUUAUGGAGGACGGAGAUCAUCUUAUUAUGGGGGUUCUCGGUCUCGAUCAGUGUCCCGAUCACGUUCCCCUCCUCGUCUCCUUUCAGGAUCCAGAAGAUACCGCUCAAGAUCCUAUUCUCCUGUUCCCAGACGUCGUGGUGACUAUUCUGUUUCCCCAAGAAGGCAUGUUGAACACCCUAGGUCACCAAGAGAUCAUCCACCGGAGCGAGAUGGUGACCACAUUCGCCGCUCAUACUCUCCAGGUUAUGAUGAUGCUGCUGACCAAAAUCAUCAUACAGGCAAUGGAUAUCUCGAGAAAUCUGCGUAUGAGCCUGAUGAAGCACGAGAUCGUCGGAGGUCGCCUCCUCCCCGACGAGUUUCAAGAUCACUGUCUGGGUCUAGAUCUAGAUCUGCUGAUGUGUCACCCAGGCACAGCAGAUAACAAAAAUGCAAGCAGAGCUGUACUUGCCUUUGGAACCUUUAUAGCUUGUGUAUUAUGUGCUAGAAGUCAGAAAUUUUCAAUACUCUUUAACCACAAAUGUUCUACCUUCAACUUCUAAACGAUAUAUGCUUUAGGCCUUGUUUUUCGAAUGCAGAAUAUUUUAAACUGGGAAUUGAAUGUGGGUCUAAUGAUUUGUAUCAA